CGGCGGCAAGGCCUGGGAAAGACCUUGAGUACUGUGUGCCAGACCCACUGCGAUGACCGGGCGAGAUAUGCUAACCCAAACAAGUAAACUGUACCAAAUGAUUCAAUUGUUCAAUUGAUUUAAAUUCCAAGCAACCAGGCAGUAGUUUUCAAAAAAAAGUGAAAAUCAAUGUAGGCUAAUCGAAAGUCCAUCUACGGCUAUGGUGUGUGAUAUAAUGCAAGCACUAUCCACUAUCUAUGGCUACAUGCUGCUGAUUUAGUGCAGGCCAUAUCAUAAACCUUCGGGCCAUCUGCGGCAGCGGAAAGUGAAAAGAGUCCGGCGAUAAAAAGCAGAAAACAGAAAAGCAUGCGGAACAUGCAGGCCAUUGAAAGCAAAAGUUUGGUGCGUGCUGCGCAUGCGUAGGUGGAUUCCGGCCAAUGGGACAGUGGAGCGGGGCAGCGAAACCAGCCUAAUGAAGAAGUGGACAAGUUGAUGGGGUAGUCACAUAGUCAUAGUCAUAAGGGUUAGCUUCAACUUUAAAGUGAGGUAUCUAAGUACGAAGUAAAAUCGGUAGUAAAGGAGAUAUAUUACGUACUUCAGGAAUCUAUGUAUAUGAUGAUGAUCUGCGGCACCACAGUGCAUCGUGGUCAGGUGGCGGCGUAGCAUAAUGAGGCGCACUGGUCAGUGGGUGAGGGGUGUGUUUGUGAUUGCGGCAGGUGAAAUGGCAGCGUAAAAGUCAUAAACUGCCCAAAUCCAUGCCGUGUGCCAUGCCGAUGAGCCGACCCACCGACUCUGGUGCAUUGGCCACCGAUAUGUCGCUGAUGUUAUUGCUGGCGAUUGGUAUGCACAGUGGGUAUGUGGCCAGCACAAUGGCCACUCCACUGUGCCGCGAUGGCCGCUUUAUAAAUACAACAGCGACCAAGGAAGUUCAUUUCAUUUUCUUGGCGGCGAUCGCAGCAAACGGAUUAAACGCGAGGCGAUCCAACCCCCAUACUAUAUACAUAUAUAUAUAUAGUAGUGUCAAAAUAUAUAUCGAAAACAAGCGACAUGUAUCUCUUGGCCAGUUCGAGGAGCCUCCAUCUGCUGAUGGUCUUGGCUGUGAUCGUGGCUAACCAUCGCGUCGAUGCCGGCUUACGUUUGCGCCAAACCAGACGCUCGGCCACGCCCCCCGCCAGUACUACGCCCACCUUGACAGUGACCAGCGAGGAGGCGGAGCCACAGGAAUCCGUGGCGGAGAGUGCACCGACGACGAGCGUGGUCACCGAACCGGAAACGGAAGUGCAAGUGGAGGUCACAACCGGAAAGCACAAGCGUGGCAUUCUACACGGCCACGCCCACCUGCACGGCCAAUGGCCCGCCCGCCCCUAUGCCGCCCACUACGGCUACAGCCUGCAGCUGCCCGGAGGCAGUGCCUUCCUGGCCGCCGCUCCACCGCGCCGCCACUUCGUCAAAUACGGCCAUGGUCUGGUCAAGCCGCUGGUUUCCGGUUCCGGUUUGCUGCCCGCCCUGGCACCCGCGCCCGCUGCCCUGCUGCCCGCCGUCGCCUCAGCCCUGCCCGUUGGAUUGCCCACUGGUCUGCCCGCCGGCGUAGCCAGCGCCAUUCCCGCCGGCGUGGCCACUGCCAUUCCCGCCGGAGUGGCCAGCGCCAUUCCCGCUGGUGUGGCCACUGCCUUGUCCACCGGCGUGGCCACCGCUUUGUCCACCGGCGUGGCGCCGCCCUCGUACGUCCUGCGUCCCGGCAAUGCGGUCGUCUCCUCGUACAGCGUCAACUAUCCGCACCAGCACCUGCAGAAGCCCGUGGUCUUCCAGUCCGCCGUGAAGCCGCUCCACUUCCAUGCGCCCGCUCACGCCCAUGUGCACGCCCUCCAGCCAACCUAUGUGCAGACCUAUGCUCCAACUGCUCCGGCUGUGCCUGUCCAGCCCGUGCAACCCAUUCAGCCCAUUCAGCCGGUGCAGCCAGUUCAACAUCUUCAGCCAAUCCAACCCAUUCAGCCCAUUCAGCCGGUGCAACCAGUGACCACCCACCACUUCCAGCCCGUGCAGCCCCUGCAGCCAGUUACUCCAAUCCAACCAGUUCAGCCCCUUCAACCCAUUCAACCCAUCCAACCCAUCCAGCCCAUCCAACCCACAGUGGCCUUCGGUGUUCCGGCUCCCCCAGCUGUGGAUCUUCCCCUGAUCCCCCAGUUCCCGCAACUGCCGCAGUUCCCCGGAGUGCCCACCUUUAGCUUCCAGCCCGCCCAACCCGCUGUGCCCGCUGUUCCCGCUGUGCCCGCCCAGCCUGCAGUGCCAGCUGCACCAGAAGCCCCCGAAGUGCCACAGGUUCCCGCCAUUCCUCAGAUUCCGGCCAUACCUCAGGUCCCACAAAUCCCACAAUUUCCCGCAUUCCCUCCGUUCGCCGGCUUUCCGCAGAUACCGCAGUUCCCACAGGCGCCAGCCAUUCCAUCGCCUCCACCGGUACCAGGAGUACCAGCAGUGCCAGGAGUACCAGCAGUGCCCACGGUGCCUGCUUUCCCCAGUCCACCCACUAGCCAAUUCUUUCCGGCUGCACCACAGCCACCAUUGCCCCAGCAGCCACCCACCUUCGGUCAGCCGGAGUCGCAGUUCCCAGGCGGCAUUGUGCCGCUGCCGGGCUCCACACCCGUGCGUCCGGAAUCCGGCACGGGCAUAGCCUCGCCGCAGAUACCCCAGUCGCCGGAGCCGGAGACGCCGUCGGAGGUGCCACCACAGCGUCCGUCUGUUCAGCAGCCACCGCAGCAGCCGUGGAAGCCGGUCUUCUACAGUCCACCCACCGAAUCCGCGCCAGCGUCGCCCAACCGGCCAUCGAUCACCCUGCUGCCGCCCUACGGCAGCUCGCCAGCUGAAGGUUACCUGCCACCCGUGGGCAGCCAGCCGUCAUCCUUGAGUGCGGGUAGUGGUGGCAUCGGCAGCCAGGGCGGCAUCUUUGACCAGCUGACCGACGCCGAGCUGGAGCACAUCUUCGCCCAGGCCAACUUGGCGCAGCAGCAGCAUCAGCAGCAGCAGAAGCAGCAGCAGCAGCAGAGCCACAACUACCACCACUACUGAGCUCGCCACUCACUUCAUUUUCUUUAGGGAUCUUUUCAAAUUUUUUUUGUUUUUUUUUGCAGCGCUCGCUCAUUUGUACUCUACUUGUAU